GUUAGGAACUGAACAUCCGCACUGUGGCAGUUUCUCAAUGUCGAGUAAAGUUGCUCCCCAGAGCCACUAUUUCAAGCAUACUACUUCAUCGAGUGGCGCCGAAUCACUGUUUAAAUGCCCAGCAUACAUUUGCUACCAAGCAAGCCUCCUCGACAUUGAAGACAUGGCUAAUCACUCGACAUGAUGAACGGAAAGACCGUGAUAGUGACUGGUGCUAACAGCGGGAUAGGGAGAUCUACGGCAGCGGGCAUUGUGAAGCUCAAGGGCCGUGUCAUAAUGGCCUGUCGGGACCGGAGCAGUGCUGAGGAGGCAGCCCGGGAGAUCCAGCAGGAGACCGGGGCAGACAGCUCGCUGCUCUCCGUCAGACAGCUGGACCUCGCCUCGCUCACUUCUGUACACACUUUCUGUCAGGACAUAAUGAAGGAGGAGCCUCGGUUAGACGUCCUCAUCAACAACGCCGGCAUCUACCAGUGUCCUUACACCAAGACAAAGGACGGCUUCGAGAUGCAGUUCGGGGUGAACCACCUGGGCCACUUCCUGCUCACCCACCUGCUGCUGGACCUCCUGAAACGCUCAACCCCCAGCCGCAUCGUGGUGGUCUCCUCCAAACUCUACAAGCACGGCCACAUCGACUUCGAGGACCUGAACAGCGAGCAAAGCUACAACAAGGCCUUCGCUUACAGCCGCAGCAAACUGGCCAACCUGCUGUUCACCCUGGAGCUGGGUCACCGCCUGGAGGGCAGCGGGGUGACUGUGAACGCUCUGACCCCAGGCAUCGUGAGGACCAACCUGGGGAGGCACGUCCACAUCCCGCUGUUGGCGAAGCCGCUGUUUAACCUGCUCUCCUGGAGUCUGUUUAAAAGCCCUGAAGAAGGAGCGGCCACCUCAGUGUUUCUGGCCUGCAGCCCAGAUGUGGACGGUGUUCAGGGGAAGUGCUUUGCUGACUGUCAGCCUCAGGUUCUGCUGGACAAGGCCACAGACCGGGAGGUGGCCAGUAAACUGUGGGACAUUAGUGAGGUCAUGGUGGGCAUCACCACGUGAGAGCCUCAGGAAUGCUUAUCCAAAGACAAUUGUCUGAAAUCAUAACAAUGUGUGAAUAUUCAGUGCCUUUCAGUGUUGAAAUUAGUUUUAGGGUUGCACAAUGAAUACAUUGUAUUGAAAUCACAUUAUGGACUGGUGCAAUAUUCAAAUUGCAGGAAGCACAAUGUUGUUAAAGGCUAAAUAUGUGUUAAAAUACCUACAUUCAGGUGUAAUACAUUUUGAGCAAAUUUUCCGGGUUCAUUUCAAAUGUUUAAUCAUUAAAGACCCCGUGAAGUGUG